GUUGGAUCGAUUCGGUGCUGUUUUGGUAUAACUAUCCGGUGGGAACUUCAAGGGAAGCUUUGCUUCAAAGGGUGCCUGAAUCAGAGAAAUUCUUGAAGAGGAAAUCAGAUUAUGUGCAGAAGCCGAUGUCGAAAACGGAGCUUGAAAGCUUGUGGGAGAAGAUGAUGGAGCUAGAAAAGCCUGUUCUAACACUGAAUCCUUCAAUCGCCGCAGGCGAUGAAACGGUGUCGCUGCUCAACGACUUCGCCACCAUGUGCCACCAGAGGGACCUUCCCAGAGCCAUGCACGCCUUGGACGCCAUGGAAAGGCGCGGUGUGCGUGCCCAUGAUCUCACCUAUGCCGAGCUCGUCAAGUGCUGCCUCGCGCGUCGUGCCGUCAGCGUCGGUAAGCGCGUCCACCGCCACGUCUUCUCAAAUGGGUACCUUCCAGAGACCUUCUUGGUCAACACACUACUCAAUAUGUACGUCAAAUUCCACCUCUUGGAAGAGGCACACAAGCUGUUCGACGAAAUGCCCGAACGAAAUGUUGUUUCAUGGACGACUUUGAUAUCUGCUUAUUCUCAGGCUAAGCUGAAUGAUACGGCUAUGAGACUCUUGAUUGGUAUGCUUAGAGAAGGUGUCAUGCCUAACAUGUUCACUUUUUCUUCUGUUUUGAGGUCUUGUGAGAGGCUCUCUGAUCUCAAACAGCUUCAUUCUUUCAUACUGAAGGUGGGGUUGGAGUCUGAUGUCUUUGUAAGAAGUGCCCUUAUUGAUGUUUACUCAAAACUGGGAGAGUUGUUUGAAGCUCAGACUGUUUUUCGUGAAAUGGUGACUGGAGACCCUGUUGUUUGGAGCUCCAUCAUCGCUGCUUUCGCUCAGCACAGCAAUGGGGAUGAGGCCUUGAACCUUUAUAAGAGGAUGAGGAGAGCUGGCUUUCUGGCCACACAACCGACUCUCACGAGUGUUCUGAGAGCGUGUACUAGUUUAUCAUUGUUGGAGUUAGGGAUGCAGGCGCAUGUCCAUGUGCUGAAGUAUGAUCAAGAUCUUAUCCUUAACAAUGGAUUGUUAGAUAUGUAUUGCAAGUGUGGUAGUGUGGAAGAUGCAAAGCUCAUUUUCAAUAGGAUGGCUGAGAAGGAUGUUAUCUCUUGGAGCACCAUGAUUGCAGGACUAGCUCAAAAUGGUUUCAGCUUAGAAGCUCUCGAUUUGUUUGACUCCAUGAAAGUUAUGGGUCCAAAACCAAACUAUAUAACAAUGCUUGGGGUUCUAUUUGCAUGUAGUCAUGCAGGGCUGGUAAAUGAAGGCUGGAACUACUUUCGGUCUAUGAAGAAUCUUUAUGGGAUAGAUCCUGAAACAGAGCACUAUUGUUGCAUGCUUGAUCUUCUUGGAAGAGCUGGGAAGCUUGAUGACAUGGUUAAGCUAAUUCAGGAGAUGAGUUGUGAGCCGGAUGUUAUAGCAUGGAGGACUCUGCUUUAUGCUUGCAGAGCCCACCGGAAUGUGGAUUUAGCCACAUAUGCUGCUAAAGAGCUUCUAAAGUUAGAUCCACAGGACACAGGAGCUUAUGUAUUGUUAUCUAAUAUCUACGCAAACUCGGAAAAGUGGAACGAUGUUGUAGAUGUUCGGAGGACUAUGAGAGCGAGAGGCAUAAGGAAAGAACCUGGCUGUAGCUGGAUUGAAGUCAACAAGCAAGUACAUGCUUUUAUUUUGGGAGAUAAAUCGCAUCCCCAAAUUGAUGAAAUCAAUACGAAGUUGGAUCAAUUUAUUUCUAGACUAAAGGGUGCCGGUUAUGUUCCUGAUACAAAUUUUGUCCUAAAAGAUCUUGAAGGAGAACAGAGAGAAGACUCCCUUCGGUACCACAGUGAGAAACUGGCAAUUGCUUUUGGCAUCAUGAGCCUUCCAAGGGAGAAAAGUAUUAGAAUAUGGAAGAACCUAAGGAUCUGUGGGGACUGCCAUAUAUUUGCAAAACUUAUAGCGAAGUUAGAGCGGCGGCACAUUGUAAUUAGAGACCCUAUCCGAUACCAUCAUUUUAGAGAUGGUAUCUGCUCCUGUGGCGAUUAUUGGUAGCAUAGUAGAAGCACGUAAGACCAAGACAGAAUAUAUUGAUACUCACAAAGAGGUGAACUGGGAUGAAUAAGUAGCUGCGGUUCAACAUUUGUCUCCAAUAGUUCAAUUAGUAGAGACAUAUAGACCUACCUUUGAGACGUUGGGCUACAUAAAGACAGAAGUUCAUGCAUAAAGCGUUCAGGAAUGAACUAACCCGGGUAAUCAGUUUGGGUUUGAAAGAAGGGAAGUCGGUCUAGGGAGUUUGUGUUUUGAAGGUGUAAAUGUAAAACAGAACAUGGAAACAUCAAAAUGCAAUUUUCAAUUUCUUUUUGA